AUGUGUAAAAUAGUAAAAGCAAUUAUUGGCUUAAGCAAUUCAAUUGUCCAUAUGAAGGAGCUAUGGCGAAAAUGUAGGUCAGAUUUAUUAAGGUACAAUGUCACUAAAAAGAAAAUCACCUUAGCAGCUGCAUACAAGGGUAAGCCACCUAAUGGGCUUGACAUGAAUGAGUGGAAAUGGCUUAUCAAGGAGAUAUAUAUGAAGGAUGAUUUUAAGAAAAGAAGUGCAAGAAACUCUGAAAACAGGGGCUACUAUGCUAAAGAGUUAAUGCCUCGAACUGGAAGUAAGCCAUUUAGACAAGUCAUAUGGGACGAUUUGGGGGCAAAUAAGGGAAAUGAGCCAACUUUAGUUGAUGUGUUCUAUUCGGCCCGAAAGAAAGGCACCGAACUUCCAAAUGUCGAGACCACACAAAAACUAAAUGAAAUUCGAGAAACAAUGGAAAAAGAUCCAUCUCUUUCCCACGCUGAGGUAGCACAAAAGGUAAUUAAAUCCAAGUCUCGAGAUCGAGUAAUAGGCUAUGGAGGAGGAAUAAAGCUGAAAGAUAUUCAAGGACCACAACCUAGCAGAGAAGAACUUCAAGUUGAAUUGAAUGCCUCUAAAAAACAAAACCAAGUUCUUAUAAAACCGCGUUGAACAAGUACAAGAGGAAAAAAAUGAAUUAAAAGGUCGCAUUGGAUCAGUUGAGUCUAGAAUGAAAUUAUUUCAGGAAAUGUUAGUGACACAGCUUAAUGUCACUAUACCUUCACAUGAUGGAUCAGCUUAAUCUGGCACAUGAUGAGUAGCUGCAAUAUAUCAUUGAAGAUCUAGGAUCUCUAAUAAAGUUUUUAUUUUUAUUUUUGUUUAAAGUUUAAGAUAUCAGAAUUCUUUUUAGAUAUUCCUUGUUUAAAACAUACUAUUUUGUCUUGUUAUAUUGGAUGGUAGUUGGUUUAAAAUACAUUAAAUCUAAUUUAAUAUUAAGUUAUGAAUCUUUUGGUUUUC